ACGAGCAGAAAAAAAGCAGCCUUGUGUAGAGGGAGUGAAAAUGGUGAGCUGAGAGAAGGAGCAGCUUCACAUACACUGCCAUAAAAUGUCCUGUGGUGGCUGGGUGGGUGGAGGUAAUGAAGGGAGAGUCGGGAGAAAGAGCCCUAACGGGGGAUGACAAGUGACAGCAGCUGCAUGGAGUCUGUUGUCAGAAUUGGACACAAGCCUGGCCAGGUGCGCAUCCCUUUGAAAGGAGGUUUCUGCUGUCAGCAAGUGGUCAGGGAGAAAGCCAGCUGUGGGCUUGAGUGGAUGUGUGUCUCAAGCAGAUUGGCUUCUUUUCUUUUCUUCCCUAGGGCAAACACGCCAAAAGUGAACUUUGGAGCCAGCACCGCCACUUCAGCUCCUGGAAUCACGGGGGGCUUUUCUUUUGGUGCCCCUGCCGCAACCAGCACACCCUCGAGCCAGGCAGCAGCCCCGUCUGGCUUUACCUUUGGCUCUGCUGCCACCAGCAGCAGCAGCUCGGCUCCGUCUGGGACGACAGGAGGCUUCACCUUCUCCAGUGGCACCACGACCCAGGCGGGAACAGCCGGCUUCGGCAUCGGCGCCGCGGCUCCGCAGGCAGCGCCGGCAGCGCCGACCUUUGGCACGGCCCCUGCGGCUGCUGCCACCACCAGCACGGCCACCCUGGGAGCUGCCACCCCGUCAGCAGCGCCCUUCAGCCUUGGGGGGCAGCCCACAGGUCUAACCUUUGGGGCACUGCCUUCAACAGCAGCCACCAGCACAACCACGGCAACGCUGACCACAAGUACCAGCCAGGCACCCACCCUGUCCUUUGGAAGCAAGCUUGGAGUCACAUCCACAGCUGCCACCACGGCCUCCACCACCAGCACCACCUCAGUGCUGGGCUCCACGGGCCCCUCCUUGUUUGCAUCUUCUUCAGCCCCAGCCUCCUCCACCUCCACCACGGGCCUCUCACUUGGUGCCACUUCCACUGGUUCCACUGGGACAGCCAGUCUGGGCACACUUGGCUUUGGAUUAAAAGUUCCUGGAACGACACCUGCCACAACAAGCACAGCCACUGGGACUACUUCUGCUUCUGGCUUUCCUUUGAAUCUGAAGCCAUUGACUACAACUGGUGCCAUUGGAGCUGUCACCUCCACAGCUGCCACAACCACAACCACCACAACCAGUGCCCCCCCAGUGAUGACUUAUGCCCAGCUGGAGAGUUUGAUCAACAAGUGGAGCCUGGAGCUGGAAGACCAAGAGAAGCACUUCCUCCAUCAAGCUACACAAGUCAAUGCCUGGGACCGGAUGCUGAUAGAGAAUGGAGAGAAGAUUACUUCGUUACACAGAGAAGUAGAGAAGGUGAAGGUUGAUCAGAAGAGACUGGAUCAGGAACUGGACUUCAUUCUGUCCCAGCAGAAGGAGCUGGAGGACUUGCUGACCCCUCUGGAGGAGUCUGUGAAGGAGCAGAGCGGGACCAUCUACCUGCAGCACGCGGAUGAGGAACGGGAGAGGACCUACAAACUGGCUGAAAACAUCGAUGCUCAGCUGAAGCGCAUGGCACAAGAUCUGAAGGACAUCAUUGAUCACUUGAACACAUCAGGAGGCCCAGCAGACACAAGUGACCCGCUUCAGCAGAUCUGUAAAAUUUUGAAUGCACACAUGGAUUCCCUGCAGUGGAUUGACCAGAACUCAGCUGUGCUGCAGAGAAAGGUGGAAGAGGUGACAAAAGUUUGUGAGAGUCGCCGUAAGGAGCAGGAGCGCAGCUUUCGGAUCACCUUUGAUUGAAAGAUUUCCAUGCUCAAAGGAUGUACAUAAAACCUCCACAAAAAAACAGAGGUG